GAGGGACCGAGGGAGUACAAGUUAGUAGUUACUUUUGCACGAUAGGUCGCCGUUUAAAGCCCUUGUUCAUAAAUAAACAAUUAAAAUAUCAAUCACAGUUCAUCAAGCUCCGAAAAAGAAUAUCCAAUUUCAUUCUAUACAAAAUUAAAUUGUGAUAAUUCCCAUUUAUAGGAAUUUCACAGAAGCAUCACCACCCAAUCAGGCAAUCAGCAAGAACUCAGAAGCCGCACCCGCUAUCACCGACACAUAGAUUUGGAAGUUGCCCUUUUAUGCAUUAAACAUUAUCUAAAUCAGAGUUGAAGCUCUAUCUGUGGUUGCUUCGAUUCUGCCUCUUCCGUAAUCAUGGUUGACACCAAUGCUGGUUCCUUCUUCUCUGAAAAAUCGGCGAAGAUUUUUGUAGCAGGUCAUCGAGGGUUAGUGGGAUCUGCCAUAGUUCGCAAGCUGCAAUCAUUUGGAUUCUCCAACCUUGUUCUCCAGACACAUUCUGAACUUGACCUUACUGUCCAAUCUGCUGUUGAUACUUUUUUCGCUUCUGAGAAGCCUAAAUAUGUUAUACUUGCUGCUGCUAAAGUUGGGGGAAUCCAUGCUAAUAACACUUACCCUGCCGAUUUCAUUGCCAUUAACCUUCAGAUUCAAACCAAUGUCAUCCACUCAUCUUUCACCCAUGGUGUCGAAAAACUCCUCUUUCUUGGCUCCUCCUGCAUUUACCCUAAGUUUGCUCCUCAACCAAUCACGGAAUCUGCACUUUUAACUGGUCCUUUGGAACCCACCAAUGAGUGGUAUGCCAUUGCUAAAAUUGCAGGAAUCAAGAUGUGCCAAGCUUAUCGAAUUCAACAUAAUUGGGAUGCAGUUUCUGGUAUGCCCACUAAUUUAUAUGGCCCUAACGACAAUUUCCAUCCUGAGAAUUCCCAUGUUUUGCCUGCGUUGAUUCGGAGGUUUCAUGAGGCGAAGGUGAGGGGUGAUAAGGAGGUGGUUGUGUGGGGAAGUGGGUCUCCUUUGAGGGAGUUCUUGCAUGUCGAUGAUCUUGCUGAUGCUGUAGUGUUUAUGAUGGACAAGUAUAGUGGGUUGAGCCACUUGAAUGUCGGGAGUGGCAAGGAGGUGAGUAUUAAGGAGUUGGCUGAGCUUGUGAAGGAGGUGGUUGGAUUUGAAGGGGAGCUUGUUUGGGAUAAGACUAAGCCUGAUGGAACCCCAAGGAAGCUUAUGGACAGCUCAAAGUUGAUGGAAUUGGGUUGGGAACCCAAAAUUUCUCUUAAAGAUGGUCUUGUAGAUACUUACAAAUGGUAUCUGGAGAAUUACGCUGCCAAGCAUUAAUGCUUGCAUUACUCAGGUGAAGACUGUUCCCCAGCUUGGCAGAUAUUAGUUGCUUGUUUUGAUACUGUUAAUUUGUAUCCAUUACAUGAUAAAGCUAUUUGUAGUACCUUUUUUGUUUAAAAUUGUACCAUUUCAUAUCAUAAGUAUUCUGAAAACCUUAAUCUUAUAAAUGAAUUAUGUGACCAUCCUUUUUUGAGCUAAUUGCCAUAUUGAUCAAACUGUUUCAUUGAAAAAG